CGAUAGAGCCAGGGAAGCGGAUGGAGAAUGGAGGCUGGGGUUGGAAGAUGGAUGUUGAAGGGUGAGACAGGGAUGGAGAUGGAGCGUGUGGGAUGCGGGCAGAGAUAGGGAUGGGAAGCAAAUGAAUGUCGUAGUGGAUGAAGGUGGGUGUGCUGGGAAGGAGGUUCCGGGAUGGGGAUGGGGAUUGAGGAUGGGCUAUGGGGUGGAGGAUGAACACACGUGGAUGAAAUUUUGGCAGUCAGUGGCUGUUGGUUGGACAACAGCAUUUGCUGAUAUGUGAAGGGUUGGAGGGUGGUGUUAAUAGAUUUAUGGGUGUGACAUCUAUGAUACAGCUUGAAAAUGGUCGAUAGUUUGUAGGCUUGAGAAAUAGCAGUAGGAGAGGGGAGGGACCCCUUUGGACGGGGAGAGCGGGAAGGAGACUGGGGAAUCCUUGCGCUUGGGCGACUGCAAAUACAUGUUUCUUUAAGGAGGAAGUAGGUUGGGGACCCCGGAAGGAGGCUCUUGGCGGCCUCCCCCCAUUGCCAUAGAGACGUGGCUUCGGUUGCCCUGGCAAUUGGGGAAGCCCCUAGGACCGGCCUAAAGCUGGCCCCGCCUGGGAGUCUAGAGACCAGGCGAUUGACGUCAGGGACCUGGGCACGCCCCACUUUAACCCUUUCCCGAAUGAAGUGGGGGGAGGGAGUAGAUGAGCGGGAUAGGACCCGGAUGUCUUUCACCACUCCCCCUUCCUGACGUCCUUUGCACUGCGUAGGGUGAGGGGCGUAGGGGAGCGAGGAAGGCAGGUUAUUCAGGAUGCGCUGCGCCCACAAACCUCUUCAGCCCGGCCUCCUCUCAGCCUGGCUAACGCGGGGCGGGGCCCAGGGCACGAGAGGCGGGGCUAGCGGAUCCCUUCUGCGCUCAGGAGUUUGGUCGGCCCCAGGCCACGCCCCACCCCCCUGUUGUCCUGACGACAGGGCCUCCUGGAGGCCAAUUCUCCCCCAGUGAUUGUCAACACAGAUACCCUAGAAGCCCCAGGAUAUGAGUUGCAGGUGAACGGGACCGAGGGGGAGAUGGAAUACGAGGAAAUCACAUUGGAAAGGGGUAACUCAGGUCUGGGCUUCAGCAUCGCAGGUGGCACUGACAACCCACACAUCGGUGACGACCCAUCCAUUUUCAUCACCAAGAUCAUUCCUGGUGGGGCUGCGGCCCAGGAUGGCCGCCUCAGGGUCAACGACAGCAUCCUGUUUGUAAAUGAAGUGGACGUGCGCGAGGUUACCCACUCAGCGGCGGUGGAGGCCCUCAAAGAGGCAGGCUCCAUCGUUCGCCUCUAUGUCAUGCGCCGGAAGCCCCCAGCUGAGAAGGUCAUGGAGAUCAAGCUCAUCAAGGGGCCUAAAGGUCUUGGCUUCAGCAUCGCAGGGGGCGUAGGGAACCAGCACAUCCCAGGAGAUAAUAGCAUCUAUGUAACAAAGAUCAUCGAAGGGGGUGCUGCCCACAAGGAUGGGAGGUUGCAGAUUGGAGACAAGAUCCUGGCGGUCAACAGUGUGGGGCUAGAGGACGUCAUGCAUGAAGAUGCUGUGGCAGCCCUGAAGAACACGUAUGAUGUUGUCUACCUAAAGGUGGCCAAGCCCAGCAAUGCCUACCUGAGUGACAGCUAUGCUCCCCCAGACAUCACAACCUCUUAUUCCCAGCACCUGGACAAUGAGAUCAGUCACAGCAGCUACCUGGGCACUGACUACCCCACAGCCAUGACCCCCACUUCCCCUCGGCGCUACUCUCCAGUGGCCAAGGACCUGCUCGGGGAGGAAGACAUUCCCCGAGAACCGAGGCGAAUUGUGAUCCACCGGGGCUCCACGGGCCUGGGCUUCAACAUCGUGGGUGGCGAGGAUGGUGAAGGCAUCUUCAUCUCCUUUAUCCUGGCCGGGGGCCCUGCAGACCUCAGUGGGGAGCUGCGGAAGGGGGACCAGAUCCUGUCGGUCAACGGUGUGGACCUCCGAAAUGCCAGCCACGAGCAGGCUGCCAUUGCCCUGAAGAAUGCGGGUCAGACGGUCACGAUCAUCGCUCAGUAUAAACCAGAAGAGUACAGCCGAUUCGAGGCCAAGAUCCACGACCUUCGGGAACAGCUCAUGAACAGCAGCCUGGGCUCAGGGACUGCGUCCCUGCGGAGCAACCCCAAAAGGGGUUUCUACAUCAGGGCCCUGUUUGAUUACGACAAGACCAAGGACUGCGGCUUCCUGAGCCAGGCCCUGAGCUUCCGCUUUGGGGACGUGCUGCAUGUCAUCGAUGCUAGUGAUGAGGAGUGGUGGCAGGCACGGCGGGUCCACUCUGACAGUGAGACCGACGACAUUGGGUUCAUCCCCAGCAAACGGCGGGUUGAGCGACGAGAGUGGUCAAGGUUAAAGGCCAAGGACUGGGGCUCCAGCUCUGGAUCACAGGGUCGAGAAGACUCGGUUCUGAGCUACGAGACAGUGACGCAGAUGGAAGUGCACUAUGCUCGCCCCAUCAUCAUCCUUGGGCCCACCAAGGACCGCGCCAACGAUGAUCUUCUCUCCGAGUUCCCCGACAAGUUUGGAUCCUGUGUUCCCCAUACGACACGGCCCAAGCGGGAGUAUGAGAUAGAUGGCCGGGAUUACCACUUUGUGUCGUCCCGGGAGAAAAUGGAGAAGGACAUUCAGGCGCACAAGUUCAUUGAGGCCGGCCAGUACAACAGCCACCUCUAUGGGACCAGCGUCCAGUCCGUGCGAGAGGUGGCAGAGCAGGGGAAGCACUGCAUCCUCGAUGUCUCGGCCAAUGCCGUGCGGCGGCUGCAGGCGGCCCACCUGCACCCCAUCGCCAUCUUCAUCCGCCCCCGCUCCCUGGAGAAUGUGCUAGAGAUUAACAAGCGGAUCACAGAGGAGCAAGCCCGCAAAGCCUUCGACAGAGCCACCAAGCUGGAGCAGGAGUUCACAGAGUGCUUCUCAGCCAUCGUGGAGGGUGACAGCUUUGAGGAGAUCUACCACAAGGUGAAGCGUGUCAUCGAGGACCUCUCAGGCCCCUACAUCUGGGUUCCAGCCCGAGAGAGACUCUGAUUCCUGCCCUGGCUUGGCCUGGACUCGCCCUGCCUCCAUCACCUGGGCCCUUGGUCUGGACUGAAUUGCCCAAGUCCUUGGCUCCCCCCGACCUCCCUCCCACCCCUUCUUAUUUAUUUCCUUUCUAACUGGAUCCAGCCUAUUGGAGGGGGGACACUCCUCUGCAUGUAUCCCUGCACCCCAGAACUGGGCUCCUGAAUGCCAGGAACCUGGGGUCUGGGGGGGAGCUGGGCUCCUUGUUCCGAGCCCUUGCUCCUUAGGAUCCCCGCCCCCACCCGCCCCCAAUGCACACACAGACCCACCGGGGGCCACCUGCCCUCCCCCAUUCUCUCCCACACACAUUCCAGAAGUCAGGGCCCCCUCGAGGAGCACCCGCUGCAGGGAUGCAGGGCCACAGGCCUCCGCUCUCUCCUAAGGCAGGGUCUGGGGUCACCCCUGCCCUCAUCGUAAUUCCCCAUGUCCCUUGAUUUCUCAUUUAUUUUUUCCACUUUUUUUCUUCUCAAAGGUGGUUUUUUGGGGGGAGAAGCAGGGGACUCCGCAGCGGGCCCCUGCCUUCCACAUGCCCCCACCUUUUUUCUUUGCCGGUUUGCAUGAGUGGAAGGUCUAAAUGUGGCUUUUUUUUUUUUUUUCCUGGGAAUUUUUUUGGGGAAAAGGGAGGGAUGGGUCUAGGGAGUGGGAAAUGCGGGAGGGAGGGUGGGGGGCAGGGGUCGGGGGUUGGGUGUCCGGGAGCCAGGGAAGACUGGAAAUGCUGCCGCCUUCUGCAAUUUAUUUAUUUUUUUCUUUUGAGAGAGUGAAAGGAAGAGACAGAUACUUGAAA